AUGGCCGAGCCUAUGUCAACCGCCGCUGCGGCUGGGCCGACGGCGCCGGCUGGUAUGGCGCCUCCCAGCCAGGAAGACUUCGUCUACAGCGCGAGCAUGGCUCGGGCGACGGUCGCCUUUGGGGCGAUUGUGACGGUCAUCACCACUGCGUCCGUCGUUGCGCGACUUUACACUCAUAAUUUCGUCAUCAAAAAAGUCCGAAUAGACGAUGCUUGGGCUCUAUGCGCAGUGCUGAGCGUAAUCGCCGUCAACAUCAUGCAAAGCGUCUUCGCAAUGCGAUAUCUUCCCGAGAUGACAUCGAUGAUCUCAAACUCUGAGGGUUCAAGGAUUCCGUACGCAACUGCAAUCACGUACAACGUUGCGAUGGCGUCCUUGAAGAUAACGUUCUUGUUCCAAUUUUACCAGAUCUUCAGACACGUCCGGGUUAUGAGGAUUGUGUACUUGGUCGCCAUCUUCAUAGUCGGAGCUUGGAGCAUUACUCAGAUCCUUCUUGCGGUCCUGGUCUGCGUGCCCAUCGAAGCCAAUUGGAACCCAAGCGUACCAGGUGUUGUCACAUGUCUACCGACAUUCGUAGCGACAUACAUCAACGCCACAGGGACAAUGGUGACGGACGUGAUAGUUCUCUUCUUGCCGCUUCCUACCCUGUGGAGUUUGAGACUGCGCGGGCGGCAAAUCUGGGCUGUGUUCGGUGUAUUUGGCAUUGGUGCAAUCGUCCCCGUCAUCUCGGCCGGUCGCAUUUGGAGCCUGAGCCACCCACCCCCGAAGGGGUACAUGAGCACAGCAUGCUGGACGAUUGCAGAGAUUGGUGUCGGCGUUAUCACCGCGUCUUUGGCAACCAUUCGGCAUCUUCGAGAUCGCAGGGUAAACACUCUUCUAUCAAGAAGCCAGACAGGCCGGAGAGAUUCUCUGUCAGAGGGCGUCUCGACGCAAGAUCCAACACAGGCUUUCUCUCACCAGAGAUCUGGAAGCGAGGUCGAUCUAAUAGGUGUUGAUCGCACAGGCACAAGCGGUUCUUUGGACAGCAGCUUCAAGUUGUUUGGUAAAAAGAAGGCUCUACAGGCGUCAGAAAUAAGCGUUCCAAAUCACGCAACAGAUUUGACACCGAACAAGGGCUCAACGAAAACCAACAUCACAUCAUCUCGAAACAAGGAAAUACCAAUGUCGGAAGGUGCGGCUAACUUCCUUGGGGAAUUUGGAAUUCGUGUUGAGAGGACGUGGGAGGUGCAAGAAAUCCGCAUGGCAUAG